AUGGGGCCGCACGCCGGCGGCAGGUCGCGCGCGGCGCGGCGGCAGGGCGAGACCAUCGCCAAGGGUCACAAGAACUAUGAGCUUAUGCUCAACCUCCAGCUCGGCAUCAGACACGCAGUAGGAAAGCAAGGACCUAUUACGCUUGAUCUAAAGUCAUCAGCUUUUGACCCAAAGGAGAAAGUAUGGACAAGGUUCCCUCCAGAAGGCUCAAAAUACACCCCUCCACACAGUUCUUGCGAUUUUAGAUGGAAAGAUUACUGCCCGCAAGUAUUCCGGACAUUGCGCAAGUUGUUCAAGGUUGAUGCAGCAGAUUAUAUGUUAUCCCUUUGUGGCGACCAGGCUCUCCGGGAGUUAUCAUCCCCUGGUAAGAGUGGAAGCUUCUUUUAUCUCACGAGCAAUGAUCAGUACAUGAUAAAAACGAUGAAGAAAGCUGAAGUAAAGAUAUUUCUGAAGAUGCUUCGAGCUUACUACAAUCAUGUCCGGUCAUUCGAAAACACUCUAGUCACCAAGUUUUUUGGUCUGCAUUGUGUCAAGUUAGCCGGAGCUAACCAAAAGAAGGUUCGUUUUGUUAUAAUGGGAAAUCUGUUCUGUUCUGAUCACUUUAUUCAUAGAAGAUUUGAUUUGAAAGGCUCAUCCCUUGGACGUACAACUGACAAGCCACAGACAGAAAUAGACGAGUACACUAUUUUAAAAGACCUUGAUCUUAACUUUAUAUUUCGAUUGCAAAAACACUGGUACCAAGAGUUCCAGAGACAAGUCGACAAGGAUUGCGAUUUUCUCGAGCAGGAAAACAUUAUGGAUUACAGUCUUUUGGUGGGCGUACAUUUUAGAGACAAAAGAGUUAUAAUGACUGAAGGUUCCUUUGACAGUGAUAGCAGCAGAGGAUCAUCACCCCACCUGUCACCUCACCUAUCUAGAGGAGAUACUGAUCCAAACAGGUUGUCCAAGAUAAAGCUCGGGUCGAACAUGCCAACAAAAGCUGAAUUGACAAUUCGAAAGAGUGAUUGCGAACCACAGCUUAUUGGAGAACCUACCGGGGAGUUGUACGAUGUUAUAUUGUACUUUGGGAUUAUAGACAUACUUCAGGACUAUGAUAUCAGCAAAAAGCUUGAGCAUGCAUACAAGUCUUUCCAAUAUGACCCAACGUCUAUUUCAGCAGUAGAUCCAAAACAGUAUUCCAGGCGCUUUAAAGAUUUUGUAUACAAAGCGUUCCAAGAAGACAAGGUAGACAUCUGA